GCAAACCAGAGAGCCAGGCUCGCAGUUUAUUGAGAGAGACUAGCUGAGCGACAGAAAGACGAGGGAUAGAAAUACACAAACCUUUCCUGACUGCAGCAGACUCUCUCUCUCCCUUGCCUCUUAAACGUUCGCCUGUUCCAGCUCUCCAGGCUGCCUCUUUCCUCAGUGUAAUCAGCUGUCAGCUAGACUUGAUGUUGUAAAAUCCAUGUGAGGAGGAAAGACAGAUGCAAUGAUUUGAAAGAUCUUCAGUGUUUGAGAAGUCAUCAGUUUUUUCCUACUCGAAGAAUGCAGUGAAACCAUUUGCCAGCAUUAUUAUCUGGAAUUAUAGGUUUAAUAUCUAGCAUCAGUGUUACUAAUUUAUUAUUAAAUAAUACCUCACAGUAGUAGAAGAAUGUAUGGAAGUGCAAGAACAAUCAGUAAUUUGGAAGGCAGUCCUUCCAGGUCUCCUCGUUUGCCAAGAUCUCCUCGUCUGGGCCACAGGAGAACAAGCAGCGGGGGAGGAACAGGUAAGACACUAUCAAUGGAAAACAUCCAGUCCCUUAAUGCAGCCUAUGCAACAUCUGGACCGAUGUAUCUUAGUGACCAUGAAGGUGUAGCGUCUACUACUUUCCCAAAGGGCACAAUGACUCUUGGAAGGGCUGCAAAUCGAGCUGUGUAUGGUGGUCGAGUCACAGCUAUGGGGAGUAGUCCAAAUAUUGCUUCAGCUGGACUUUCUCAUACAGAUGUCCUUUCUUAUACUGAUCAGCAUGGAGGUCUGACCACAUCUUCACAUCAUCAUCAUCAAGUUCCCUCUAUGUUGAGACAAGUAAGGGAUAGUACCAUGCUAGAUCUACAGGCUCAGCUCAAAGAGCUACAAAGAGAGAAUGAUCUUCUGAGAAAAGAACUGGAUAUCAAGGACAGUAAGCUGGGAUCUUCCAUGAAUAGCAUCAAGACUUUCUGGAGUCCUGAGCUAAAAAAGGAAAGAGUCUUGAGGAAAGAAGAAGCUGCCAGAAUGUCAGUUCUUAAAGAGCAGAUGAGGGUUUCUCAUGAAGAGAACCAGCAUUUGCAACUGACCAUCCAGGCACUUCAAGAUGAGCUUCGAACUCAGAGAGACCUUAAUCAUCUUCUUCAACAAGAAAGCGGAAACCGAGGAACUGAGCAUUUUACUAUUGAGCUUACAGAGGAGAAUUUUCAAAGACUUCAGGCAGAACAUGAUAGACAGGCUAAAGAGCUCUUUCUCUUGAGAAAAACUCUAGAAGAAAUGGAGUUGAGAAUUGAAACACAAAAGCAAACACUAAAUGCCAGAGAUGAAUCAAUAAAAAAGCUCCUAGAAAUGUUGCAAAGUAAAGGUUUGCCAUCCAAAGGAAUGGAAGAUGACAACGAAAGAGCUCGAAGGAUGGCCGAGGCUGAAUCUCAGGUUAAUCAUUUAGAAGUGAUUUUAGACCAGAAGGAGAAGGAAAACAUACAUCUUAGAGAGGAACUACACAGAAGAACCCAACUUCAGCCUGAACCAGCAAAGACAAAAGCUCUUCAGACAGUUAUAGAGAUGAAGGACACAAAAAUAGCUUCACUUGAACGCAAUAUAAGGGAUCUCGAAGAUGAAAUACAGAUGUUAAAGACAAACGGAGUUCUGAAUAUAGAGGACCGAGAAGAAGAGAUCAAACAAAUAGAAGUUUACAAGAGUCACUCAAAGUUCAUGAAAAAUAAGAUUGACCAAUUGAAACAGGAACUUUCAAAGAAAGAAUCAGAACUUCUUGCCUUACAAACUAAGCUUGAAACCCUUAGCAAUCAGAAUUCAGAUUGCAAGCAACACAUUGAAGUGCUUAAAGAGUCGCUUACUGCCAAAGAACAGAGAGCUGCCAUACUUCAGACAGAGGUUGAUGCCUUGAGAUUACGACUGGAAGAAAAAGAAACAUUUCUUAAUAAAAAAACAAAACAACUGCAAGACCUCACAGAAGAGAAGGGAACCUUGGCUGGAGAGAUUCGAGAUAUGAAAGACAUGUUAGAAGUAAAGGAAAGAAAAAUCAAUGUCCUUCAGAAAAAGAUUGAAAAUCUACAGGAGCAACUUAGGGACAAAGAUAAACAGCUAACCAAUUUAAAAGACAGAGUGAAAUCGUUGCAGACGGAUUCCAGUAACACGGACACGGCUUUAGCAACAUUAGAAGAAGCUCUGUCAGAGAAGGAGAGAAUAAUAGAGCGCUUGAAGGAGCAGAGGGAACGGGAUGACCGAAGACUGGAAGAAAUAGAAUCCUUUAAAAAGGAAAACAAAGUGAAGGAGAAAGUUAAUGCUUUACAAGCUGAACUAACAGAGAAGGAGUCUAAUUUAAUUGACCUCAAAGAACAUGCAUCGUCAUUGGCAUCAACGGGGCUGAAAAGAGACUCCAAAUUAAUCUUAGAAAUAGCCAUAGAACAAAAGAAAGAAGAAUGUAGUAAGUUGGAAGCACAGCUGAAAAAAGCUCAUGAAGCUGAAGAAGAAGCUCGACUGAACCCAGAAUUUGCAGACAGAAUGAAACAGCUUGACAAAGAGGCAUCUUACUACAGAGAAGAAUGUGGUAAAGCUCAAGCUGAGGUUGACAGACUUCUAGAAAUCCUCAAGGAAGUGGAGAAUGAGAAGAAUGACAAAGAUAAGAAAAUUGCUGAGCUAGAAAGCUUGACUUCCAGACAUACGAAAGAUCAAAACAAGAAAGUGGCCAAUCUGAAGCACAAUCAACAAAUGGAAAAAAAGAAGAAUGCUCAGUUGCUGGAAGAAGUUCGUAGGCGAGAAGACAAUAUGACAGACAACUCUCAGCACUUGCAGUUAGAAGAACUGAUGAAUGCACUGGAAAAGACCAGACAAGAAUUGGAUGCUACCAAAGCCCGUCUUGCCUCAACACAGCAGUCUCUGGCUGAGAAAGAAGCACAUCUGGCUAAUCUUAGAAUAGAGCGGAGAAAACAGCUUGAAGAAAUAUUAGAAAUGAAGCAGGAAGCAUUGCUUGCUGCAAUCAGUGAAAAAGAUGCAAACAUAGCCUUGCUUGAACUGUCUGCUUCAAAGAAGAAGAAGACUCAAGAGGAAGUAAUGGCUCUUAAACGAGAGAAAGACAGAUUAGUACAUCAGUUAAAACAACAGACACAGAGCAGAAUGAAACUGAUGGCAGACAACUAUGAUGAUGACCAUCACCACUUCCACCACCACCAUCACCACCACCACCACCGGUCUCCUGGGAGGACCCAGCACUCAAAUCACCGACCCUCUCCAGAUCAGAUGAUCCAGUUACUGUUGGAGGCACAUUGCCAUGGCAAAUCUCACGCUGUACAUUGAUCACCUGUCCAACCUUGCCUAGAGUGUGUUCCCCAGUUCCUUCAAGAGAUCCAUCUUUACCUGUCUAUAAAGAGGAGGAGGAGGAGGAGAGAGACAUCUGGGAUAACCACAUAUCAAAGACUAACACCAGAGCAGUUGUCAGAGGAGCUGGAGAAAGAGGAGGAAAAAAUGCAGCACUGCAGAAUUAAGCUGAUACUCUGUUGCAGUGGAUCUCCAAAUGUAACCAUGACAUCCUGGAGCAGAUCAUAGAAACAGAAGAUGAAUGCUGAGGUUGUUAACAGAUGAAAUGCUGCAUAAAUUGGUGUCUUCUCCAUUAUUUCUUGUAGUCAUUAUGAAGUCAGAUACUCUGGAUGAUAAUGAAGGGGACUCAAUCAGAAAUUAUAAGAACUUCAUUUCCACCUUUAAUGGGCCUUAUGUUCAGAAUAUUAUUAUUUAAUGAAGUUCAGUUAAAUAGAGUCUUUUAACCAAUGCUGAUUAAUUGGUAUUGAUUUUUAAUGUGUAAUUCAGGUUCUGUUAGGUGCAGUAUCUUCAUCUGCUGAUUCUGCCUAGUGUAUUCUACAGUAACACUUCUAAAGUGCAUUUGAGAUAUUAGUACACGGUUAUAUAAUGGAGUCUGCAUUAAUCUUACCCCCAGUUAGAAGUGGGCUUUUCAGAAAAGUAAAAACUAAGCCUUUACCCUCCUCCGUUUUCUUAUCUACUGUUACUCAAAUAAUCACAUUUUGAUAGUGUAACGAGUAUUAAGCUCUGGGCCAGGUUGGAAAUGAAAUCAAUUUUUGGUACUAUUUGCUGUUGGCAAGGAUUAGCCUUAUGAAAAUAUGGUGUGUGUCUCUGACAAUGCAUGGGCCAUCUAAAUUGAUCAUCAAUAAUUUACAUACCAAAUUUAUAUAUUAGUGGAUGGUAAAAGCUUGAGGUAUGAAAAUGUACAUGUGUAUACAUGCACACAUAUACAGAAGUGGAUCAACCUUUUACCAUCCACAUGCAUACAGGUAUGUAUUAAUAAAAGCUGGGACUCAUAAAUAUAUGAAGAUAAGAAUGCUGUGAAUACAGUAUAUGCAUUGGGCCUCCUAUAAAUGAAGGACCAUUUGUCAUUGUUUUCUAUAGUGAACAAACAGCCUCCAUCAUGGAGCCCAAUGAAUUUUCAAUGUUAAACAAGAAAAUAUAUCAGUGAAUGAGGAGAAAUGAAAAGCUGUCUGUAUCAACAAAGAAUUUGAAGUAAAGAUGAAUAAUUUAAAGCACAUGCCAGGAAAAAGAAAAAUCUGAAGUCUUUCUAAUGGAGUGAUGAGACACAAAUGAGAGUUAAAUCUCUACCACUUCCUCAGAGAGAGGAUCCUUACAACUUCAUAACCAUUUUCAGUCAGUCUGGCAAACGUGCAAAUGUUCAACUGUUUUACUGAUGCAUCUCUCUUUUUGUCAGUGGAAGAAGUACUUCUAUACUGACAUGAGUGGCAAUUGAAUAUUUGCAUUAUUAAAGGACAAACAAUGAAUUUAAGCAUGGGUGGCCUUAAUUCUUAGUAGUUUUUCUUUGCUGCUGUAAAAAAAGGAUUCUAACGUGGUUAUUCCAAAAGUCUUGCACUGAAUUUAGAAAAAUGUUAUUUUUUAAAAUCAUUGGUGCAAUUAUCCCUGAAGUAACAUCCUAUGUGAGCCAUACCUAUAUUAACCCCUUUAAAAUGAUUGUUGUCUAGAAAAUGGUAUCUUAUUUAGUUGUACCAUCAUUUUUGGUGCAAAUAAAGAGCAACUAAGUCAAGCAGGAGUCCUUCUUGAUGUUUCGUCUCAGUAAAUAGAAUAAAAUGUAUAGAAUUAGUAUAGCAUAAGUGAUCCAAAUUCAUUCAUGUUUAAAAAGUUUGUCCUUUAACUAUCAAUGGAAUUUUAGAUCUUUGUUUUCAAAACAGCAAAGCUCUUGGAGUUUAUUUAGCACAUAUGACAAAUGUUGCACUUGCAAACUCAAACAUAACUAGUUUCUUGUGAAGAACUUGUUGUUACAGUAAGGGACAACCGUCUGUGUCUCUUACAAUCAGGUCUUUACCUUAACUCUGCAACUGAAUACUUGAAGUAGGAAAUAAACUAGGGGAAAAUAGGGUCAUAAAAACAAAACUGUAUAGUUAGAUAUUUAUAUGUAUGUGCCAAUUUUGUCACAGACAUUAUUUUAGGAGCACUUUUUGCUCCAUUCAUAUUGUAAGAGUAUUGAUCUAAACUUUUAUCAGGGGCUAUGAGUUAGCCCCAAAAGAAAAAAAUUUUGUCUAACAUUUCGUUUUUUUCAUUUCAUGUAAUAUCUAUGAUGUUUGGAGAAAAAUCCUUUCAUAUACUGAAAUAGAAUCUCGGGGUUUACAAUAAACACUGUGAUGUUGGGAAAAUAUUUUAUUUCAGCAAUGUUUGGUAGUUCCUCCCUCCCCCCUUCCAAAUGUAACAAAUUAAACCAACUUUUGGCUAACAUUUAAGAUAAUUAUUAUUUUAGUGUGGAAUCAGGCUUGUACUGCACAUUCUUUCUUUCAUUUAAAUGUACAGUAUGAAUUUUGUAUUUAAUGAAUUUUGUGUAUCUAGUGUGCACAUAACUGCACAUUGACUUUCAUUUGAAAGUGGGUUUAAAUUUCCUUUUUCAACAGUGUUUAUGAAAAGACCUCAGAUGUGUUGAUACAAACUAUAUCUGCAAUGUGUGUGGGGGGAGGGUUGUGUUUUGUUUUUUUGUGUAGAGUGAUGUUGGAAUGUGAUGUUCUGCAGCAAUGGGUCAGUAUUCUCUAUUUACCUUAACCCCUCAUUUGACAGUGCUCAUGUAAUAUUUUUCUCAAGUGAGUGGCAUGUUCUGGAUUGUGAUAUUGAUAUGUGGUUAAGGACAUUGAUAUGAAACUAAGGAAUCCUUAGAAAUUACCAGUGGGCAUGUAUUAGACAGUCAUUGUAAUUUAAUGUCUAGUAAAAGUGUGAAGUACCAAGGUAUUUAGAGAUCAUAACAUUAUUAUCAUAUGUGUGGGAAGUACUUACUGUUGAUCAGCUUGUUUCUAUUCAUCAAAUAAACUGUUUCUUUCU